AAGGCACCGUGCCAGCUCAAUAAAACCCCUUGCCUUGUAGUAUACUGUACCCAUGCACCUAUCGACUCAAGACGUGCACAGCAGCUGAGACCCGCACUGCAUGUGCACAACACGAGCACACGCAGCUCAGCUAGAACCAUGGAAACGUUUGGUGGGGCAAGCUCGCGAGAGAGGCAAGACAAGAGAAGGUUACUAUCAGCUAUUGUUGCGUGGUCUUGCGCCAUGGCCACGGUGCUAGCUCUCGCGACGGUGGUGCCUGUUGCUGCCAGAGAGGGACACGAGGCGGCAUCGACGAGCAAUGUGGCCGUCGUCUCCAGGGUCGCCACCUCGGCAGUGGCGCCGCCCUGGAGCAAGAACGUCACGUUGAUCUGUCGGUCGACGCCGUACCCGAGCGCAUGCGAGACGGCGCUCACGUCGGCGGAGGCGGUGCGGUCGGCCGGUGACCCAUUCGCGGCGUCCGUGCAGUUCGCGAUGGCCCGGGCCACGUCGACGAGCGCGCUGGCACGCAACCUCUCCGCGUCCGCGCGGACCGUGCCGCUGUUGGGCAUGCACGACUGCGUCGAGCUCCUCGACAUCAGCCUCGCCCAGCUCGGCGACGCGCUCGCGGGCUCCUCGGCCGACGCGGACGGGGCGACGACGUGGCUCAGCGCCGCGCUGACGAACCAGGGCACGUGCAACGACAGCCUCGCCGCCGUGCCGGCCUCCGCGGGGCGCGACGCUUUGCGGCAUCAGGUCGCCGCGCUCGCGCAGUUCAUCAGCACUGCGCUGGCGCUGCACGUCAACAAGAUCAAGGGCAGUAGUGGCAUCCCCCAGACCUCCUCCGCGCCCGCGCCGUCACCGAGAGGUAGCACGUUCCCGUCCUGGUUGUCCGAACGCGACAAGAAACUCCUGGAGUUCCCGGUGACCAACAUCACACCUGACGCCGUGGUGGCGCUGGACAGCAGCGGGACGCACAGAAGCAUCAAUGAGGCGAUCGCCGCCGUCACGGCGGCAGCGCCGGUUGGCUCCGAGGCGCGCGGUGGCCACGUAGUAGGAGGAGCUAGGAGGAAGGUGAUCCACGUGAAGGCCGGGCGGUACGAGGAGAGCGUGAGCAUCUCGUACCAGCAGGAGAACGUGAUACUGAUGGGCGACGGCAAGGGGAAGACGAUCGUCGACGGGCACAAGAGCGUCGCCGACGGCUACACCACCUACUCCUCCGCCACCGUCACUGCGAUGGGCUCGGGCUUCAUCGCCAAAGGCCUGAGCAUCGUCAACAGCGCCGGGCCGGGGAAGGGCCAAGCCGUGGCGCUGCUGGUCGGCGGCGACCGCUCCGUCGUGUACCAGUGCAAAAUCCAGGCGUACCAGGACACGCUCUUCGCGCACUCCAACCGCCAGUUCUACGCCGAGGACGACAUCUCCGGCACGGUGGACUUCAUCUUCGGCAACUCCGCUGUUGUCAUCCAGAGCUGCGACAUCCAGGCCAGGAAGCCCAGCCCGGGCCAGGAGGACGUCAUCACGGCGCAGGGCCGGAGCGACGUGAACCAGAACACCGGGACCUCCAUCCACAGGUGUCGGAUCACAGGCGCGUCGGACCUCGCCGGCACGCCGGUGUAUCUGGGCCGUCCGUGGCACAAGUACGCGCGGACGGUCGUGAUGGAGAGCGUCCUGGACGGCUCGAUUGCGCCGGCUGGGUGGCUCGAGUGGUCGGAUCAGUCCGCGCUGGGUACGGUGUACUAUGGGGAGUACGAAAACACCGGGCCCGGUGCGGCGACAAAUGGGCGGGUGACGUGGAAGGGAGUGCACACGUCAAUGUCCACCGUGGACGCCUGGUGGUUUACUGUGAAGCUGUUAAUCCAGGGGGACUCGUGGUUGGGGAGCACUGGAGUUCCUUACACAUCUGGACUGUAAGGAAGACUCUGACAUACUCCUUCCUAUUUGGUGUCCGG